GGCAGGGCACGUAUUUCACGUGUUGCGCAUGUAGGACCCGUGGGAGGACCUUGUAGUCCACAAUGGCGGCGCCCAACGGAACUUUAAACUGUGAGGACUUUUCAAUGUUUCAGGACCAACCACACGGCCAACCACACGACCAACCACACGACCAACCACACGGACAACCACACGGACAACCACACGGUCAACCACACGGACAACCACACGGCCAACCACACGGCCAACCACACGGACAACCACACGGCCAACCACACGGACAACCACACGGUCAACCACACGGUCAACCCGUAAAAGAUGUUCUGAAGGUGAUGCGUAACAUAGAUGACCGUAUUGUCCAUUCUCUCAACACCACCGUGCCGACUGUCUCCUUCUCAGGCAGAGUGGACGCCUCCCAGACAUGCAGAAAGCUCUAUGAGUCUCUGAUGGAGGCCCACCUGAGCAGAGACCGAGCCAUUAAGACGUGUAUAGCCCAGACCUCUGAGGUGGUGGGCCAGCUGAGAGAGCAGAGGGCCACGGACGGAGACAACAUGACAACUGUCAAACUACUCAGGAAGGAACAGACCAAGUUAAAACUCAUGCGGUCGGAGCUGAAUGUCGAAGAGGUUGUUAAUGACAGAAGUCUGAAGGUGUUCAGUGAACGGUGCCGGACCCACUACACGCCUCCUACGGUCAAGUGACAAUCUGAGCUGCUCUGGUGAGAAUGGCUGCAGAUCCAGGUGGCUGCAUCAGGACUAGAACCCGACCGAGCCAUUGAGUCAUCCGUGGACCUGACCUGAGGGACGCCAGCCGACCACACUGGUAUCAUCCAUGGGGAACGCUGCGUUGCCUCACAACAAACCUCUGUCAAGCAAUCUGUUUAUUUUCAUGAUUGUAGUUUUUAUUUGAAUUUUUUUAAACAAUGAAUUGUUUUCCAAUGGCCCUCUGGUGUCUGACUUUUUUUUUUUAAACAACAAAAUGUUUCCCAAUGGCCCCCUCCUAACCCUAACCCUAACCCUCCCCAGUUGAGGCGUAACUUAAUGUCCUGCUACACCAGACUUGCUGAGCGCGAGACGCUCCUAUUCAAUGAAACCUGGGUGGAAAUGUAAAUGCUCCAUCUAAAAUUACAACCAACUGAUUGCAGCAUUACUGCAAAAAUGGAGAAGGUAAGGAACUUCUGUCGGCCCUGCAUUAAAGACCAAAAUUGGCUAAAGAUAAAUGAAGUAUACCAGUUUAAAAAAUAAAAAAAAUUGACAGCUGUGCCGACAGGUUGCAAAAUAGUUGGGAUCUUCGAUGUACUGAUUGAAUGGUACAUGGUUUAUGAACUGAUACACAAAACGACACUGGAUUGAAAUGAUUAUACAAAAUUCUUGCAACCAAUAGAAUGUUAUAUACUGUACAGUUGAAGUCUGAAGUUUACAAACACUCAGGUUGGAGUCAAUAAAACACGUUUUUCAACCACUCCACAAA